AAUGCCUCUAUAAACUCAGCUUAUUCUCCUGCUCCCACUGGGUGCUGGGUCCUGAGGGAAGGUGGGUCUCCCAGCACUGAAACACUUUAGAAAAAAAUAUCUGUGCAGGAACCAAUGGAGCAAAUUAUGAUAUAUCAUCAGGAGCUCAAAGCCCUUCUAUUUAUACUAAUGCUUGGAAUACAGCACUGCCAAGUGGCUAAAGCAUCAUUUGCACCAGUGAAUCUGGAAAUGUUUAAUGAUUCCUACCAUCAGUGCUUGUCUGUAAGGUGGAGCGUGAGUGGCACUGCCUAUUCCUCUGGGUCCAACAUCAUUUUCCACAUACAAGUUAGCCGGGAUACUCAAAUGAAUAUUAUCUGGAAUGAGACUUACAUAUCAAAGUACCUGGAUGCUGACAAUCGGUUUACAUGGUCGUGGGAUUCUGAUGUCCCUUUGGAAUGUUACACUCACUUUGUGCGCAUCAGAGGUGCCCCAGCUGGGGAUGAAUUGCCUGAAUGGAGUACCUGGAGCCAAUGGAAAGCACAUCAUGGAAAAGAAAACCUGAGAGCAAAGCCUUACAUCUUUCCACAUGAAAAAAUUGUCCAGGAAGGAUCCAGUAUCCGUUUUUGCUGCAUUCCUGGCAGAGAUCAGAAGGUUGCAAGCCUGUGGUACGGAGGGGCCUGGUACCAUGUACCUGUCAAUAGCAGUGGAACUUUUGAGAUUGAAGUGCACAACGUGUCCAGCACUAAUGCAGGAGGAGCAAAUGUUAUCUGCACUACAACCAAUGGCAGAGGCCUCCCAACCUUCCAUGGGACUGUCCUCUUUGUCACCAAAGCACCAGAUGAACCCAGAAAUAUGUCCUGUGAAACACAAGAUCUAAAGACAUUAAUUUGCAGCUGGAACCCUGGAGAAAAAUCCAACUUGGAUGAAGAUCGUGCUCCUAAUUAUACUCUGCAUGAAUGGUUUUCCCAGGAAUCUAAAUUAUGUUCCAGGAACGAGUGCACUUGGCCCAUUCAGAGGAACCAGCAGAUAUAUAACUUUACAUUGGUUGCUCAGAACCAGCUAGGAAAGAAGAGUGUUGGUAUUGUGGUGGAUGCAACACAGAGAGUUCAUCCACUGGCUCCAACAGGCUUGGAAUUCCACUAUAUAAAUGCCACCAAUGUGGAGUUAAGGUGGACGUUUACUGCAGAUUAUACAGGGCUCCUCUUAUUGUGCCAAACUGAACUUCAGAUAAAGAGUCGGCAUGUUGAACACAGAAACAGCACAAUAAUAGGGAAAGCUCCAACCUCUCUUUACACUGUGACCCACGACAGACUGCAGCCAAAUACCAACUAUAUGAUUCGCUUGCAUUGUAUGGCGACCACGCACUUGUCUACAUGGAGUGACUGGAGUGAGCAGCUUGGACUGGGGACCCCUGAGGAUGUACCAACAGCAGGACUUGAUAUUUGGAGAGGAGUGAAAAGCUCUCAAGAUGGAAGAAGUGUGACUCUUUAUUGGAGGCCUCUCUCGGCAAUCCAUGCCAAUGGAUACAUUGUCUGGUACAACAUUACCUGGAGGCAACGCUACGACCAGUCGAAUUAUCAAAGCAAAGUUGUCUACGAGCCAAACAACAGCGCCCAGUUACUGAUUGAUGGACAGGCUUAUGUGAUCCACAUUACUGCCCAGAAUGGAGCCGGCAGCUCACCGACUUCUGAGAUAAGAAUUCCAAAAAAUGAUGAAAAUAUAGACAACAGCCAAAUUAAAGAAGAAAGGGCUUAUGGCAAAGAUGGGGGUAUUUACGUAUCAUGGAAGCCUCACCCUGCUGCUUAUCAUGGAUACGUUGUGGAGUGGUGCAACUUUCCAAAAUCCCAACAUUGUGACCUUCAGUGGAAGAAAUUCAAUGCCAGUGUUGAUAGUGAUGUCAUCAGAUCUGAUGCCUUUAAUCCAGGGGAAAGAUACACCUUCAGGAUUUAUGGAUCUAAUGAACAAGGAGAACAUCUACUGGAGAAGAAGUCAGGAUAUAUAAAGGAGCUGGCCUGUUCCGUGGCAAUGAGCUUAAAAGUUGAUGCAAUCAAAGCAGACACGGUGCAUCUGACGUGGGAUCCUUAUCAACGUGACGCCUGCCAAGAAGGAUUUAUCACUCACUUCAGAAUCUACUUAAAAAGUCCUGGAGGAAUCUGUGGGAUGAAAGGUUCAACUGAACACACUCUUACAGAUGGGAACAGAGUGUGUAUGAUUUCUAUCAAUGAUACUGAAAAGAAGAACUUUUCUAUAAAUCCCCUCAAACCAAGCACAAAGUAUGAAAUAGCUAUGGUGGCCUGGACUGGAGGUGGGGAAGGUCCUCUUGAAUUUACUAAAGUCAGGACUCAGCCAGACACAACUGCAGUGAUUAUGGCCAUAGCCCUGCCGGUGAUUAUUGUGUCCAUCAUGUUGCUACAGCUACUGCUCCUGGGAUACUGGAAGAGGCAAUGGGUAAAGAACGUGUGUUUCCCAGAUAUACCUGAUCCAAAUAAGAGUAAUAUUCUCAUUUUCCCAACUCUUAAGGAACAUGAAGAAAAAGUAAUGGUGCCAAGAAACUGCGUCACUCAAAAAAUUGAGAUUCUGGAUCAGCAGAACCAGGCAGCCCUGCAAAUGAGCGACGUCCCGAGGAAGGAGAGCGAGAGAGAGUGGAACUGCAUGGGAGAAGCUAGAGACUGCGCCAAUAUGGACAGCAAUCUACAUGAUAUGAAACGUGCAGGUCCUUUAUACCAAAACUGUGAUCAUACGAUCGAUCAGACUCAAUCAGCCAUCUAUUUGGAGUUCAUCAACAGGAACUUUUGCGGCACCCCAGAAGAUGCUUUCGAAAUCCUAACAAGCGAGGGCUAUCAGCCGCAAAGAGAGAUCCAGCCAAUGGUGAUGCCUAAAUGAUAGUGAUGAGUGAAUUUAUUCGCCGGGCAUGGAUUCGCAGCGAAUUUCUGCAUUUUGCCAUUGGUGAAUUGUUUCGCGAAACGUCUGAAAAUUCAGCAAGGAAAAAAUUUUGUUGUCGUGCAUCAAAUAAGGACACGGUCACGUCAAAAUUGGGCGCGGUCGCAACAGAAAAAGCGAGGGCGACAAAAAAUAGCCACGGCGACAAAAAAAUUGCGCAACAAAUGCGUUUUGCAAAUUUUUUCACCGUUUUGCGAAUUUUCUUGCGAAGCGAAACAGGACAGAUUCGCUCAUCACUACUAAAUGAUCAUCACAGCUCUACGGAACGCUAAGCCAUCAGUAUGAGAACUCAUUGUGUUGUGAAGCCUCCAGAUAAACGGAGAACAAAAUCCUACUGGUUAUUAAGGGAUUGGGGUUGUUUCAUUUCUUUGGCCACCGUGGCCAGGAAACCAUAGUGUCGUCGUAUUUGGGCGCAUUGAAAUGUGGUGCCAACACCAGUUCAAGCCUGGAGAGACACGAGUGCAGCCAUGAUGACAUGAUGGUGGUGACAAUGCAAGAUAGUGGGCAAUGCUGUACAAUCGUUGCACUUAUUUGCCAACCCCAUGCACUUACUUUGCACUUAUUUUGAGCCACAGAUAAUAGCCAAAGAGGAAAAGACUUCAGGAGGUUGUGGGCAUUUUGUAUUUUUUGGCAUUAUAUAGAGAGAGGGAUUAUCAAUACAUAAAACUACAGCAUUAAAGGUAAAAUAAAGCUUUAUUUGCUAGAAUUACAUUUAUUACACAAGGCAAAAGGGGUCGUAUGUUUUUUUUUUUUUUUUUUGGCCACUUAUUGGCUCGUACAUGGCCAAUAUCAGGAAGGUUGUAAACCUCCAUCAGGCAAUGAAAGCAUCAGCCUGCGCAUAGUCCUCUUCCACUGGAACUUAUAUGCCCCAAAUGAGCCAAUCCUUGAACUGGCACCCAAAAGACUGGGUCAGCCAACAUGGAUAAGGCCACCAAAGGCGAGUAUGUGGCCAGCUGUGCCUGCAGUUUGAUUGGCUCCCAAUGAAUCAGACCAUAGUGCACUGCAGGGAAAUAAGAGUGUAAGCUCUGUCAGCCCAUGGACUGGGAUCAUUCUUUAUCAUUUCUGCAAAGCACUUUGCAAUAGGUUGAUGUUCUAUAAAGGAAUAUAGUAAUAGUAAUAUUUUUUAUAGAAUUUGCAGUUGUAGUACUUUUGCUGUCCAUACACAUGCUGGACUUCUUUAAUAGAUGGGCUUAAUAGUGAGAUAUUAUUGGGCAUCACAAAGACUAUGGGCAGAAAAUUCUAGAACAAGUACUGAUAGGUAUGAGAAUAGGAAACCCCUAGGAUAUUUAUGUGCAGAUAGAGAGUAAAAGGGAUGAUGAAACAUUUCAGAAGGGGUGAGAGUAGAUGGAAUAGCCUGGGCCUUAUUGCUGGCGUAGCAGGGAACAUGCAAGAGAUAUAAAAGGAUUGAUUUAAAGGGGAACUCCGGCCCCACACAACCCAGAAACCCCUAUUAUACCUAUCACUGUAAUCUGUUAAUCCAAAAGGUAUGAAUAAAUACCAUUUUUAUAUGCUGAAAUCCAGCUGCUUGCAAUUAUGUUUAUGUUUCAAAAAGCUUGCGUUGUGUCUGGGUGGAGUUCCCCCUUAAGGGCUGAAACAGUAACGUUCAUUAAUCAGAAGCACUUCUCUGGGAGCCAUGAUUGUAGGAACGGCAUAAUGCCAAAGGCUGCCCUUGAUGAUGGCAAGGCAGGGGGGGGUGAAGCAGUUAUUCCUGCAGAAAUGUGAAUUUUGUGGAAUAAAAUGUUGAAAAGUCAUUAUUCACGCAUUAUAUUGUAUUUUAUUAAAGAGAAAGCUAGUACACAGCAA